GGUGCUGGUUAGAAGGGCAUACCCUCAGACGCCCACUCCAGACCUGAUGAACCAGAAACUCGGGGGCAGGGAGCACCGCCCGGGUUAUCUGCAUUUUCACAAGUCCUCUAAGUGAUUAUAAAGCUUUAGUAGCGCCGAUCAACGAUCCAUUAGGGCCGCGCCUGUCUUGCAGAGUGCCGUUUCCAAGACCAGUGGACGGCGAUGCUGGACCACGGGUCUGGAGGGUGCCGGAGACAGCACGCAGCGCGUCCUCUCAGGGCACCUCCCCGCGCCGGCACCUCCGCUGGACCCCUGGCUGGGUGGGGAGGGGCGGCCGGACGGGGCGGGCCGGAGGCGGGCGUCCCGCCUCCCGAGCAGCGGCUGGCCGCGUCGCGCCCUCUCUUCCUUCCCUUCCUUCUUUCUUCCUUUCCUUCCUCCCUCUUUCCGCCGGCGCGAUGGAGCCGGGGCGCGGUGCGGCCGCGGCGCUACUGGCGCUGCUGUGCGCAGGCUGCGCGCUGCGCUCGGCGCGCGCCCAAUACGAACACUACAGCUUCCGCAGCUUCCCGCGGGACGAGCUGAUGCCAAUCGAGUCGGCCUACCGGCACGCGCUGGAUCAGUACAGCGGCGAGCACUGGGCAGAGAGCGUGGGCUACCUGGAGAUCAGCCUGCGGCUGCACCGCCUGCUGCGCGACAGCGAGGCCUUCUGCCACCGCAACUGCAGCGUGGCGCCCCAGCCCGCACCGGCCGCCGGCCUCGCCCGCUACCCCGAGCUGCGCCUCUUCGGGGGCCUGCUGCGCCGCGCGCACUGCCUCAAGCGCUGCAAGCAGGGCCUGCCAGCCUUCCGCCAGUCGCAGCCCAGCCGCGAAGUGCUGGCCGACUUCCAGAGCCGAGAGCCCUACAAGUUUCUGCAGUUCGCCUACUUCAAGGCAAAUAAUCUUCCAAAAGCCAUUGCAGCUGCUCACACAUUUCUACUGAAGCAUCCUGAUGAUGAAAUGAUGAAGAGAAACAUGGCAUAUUACAAGAGCUUACCCGAUGCCGAGGACUACAUUAAAGACUUGGAAACCAAGUCAUAUGAGACCCUGUUCAUCCGCGCGGUGCGUGCGUACAACGGUGAGAACUGGAGGACAGCCACCACGGACAUGGAGCUGGCCCUUCCCGACUUCUUUAAGGCCUUUUACGAGUGUCUCGCAGCCUGUGAGGGUUCCAGGGAGAUCAAGGACUUCAAGGAUUUCUACCUUUCCAUAGCAGAUCACUACAUAGAAGUUCUACAAUGCAAAAUACAGUGUGAAGAGAACCUCACCCCAGUUAUAGGAGGCUACCCGGUGGAGAAAUUUGUGGCUACCAUGUAUCAUUAUUUGCAGUUCGCUUACUACAAAUUGAACGACCUGAAGAAUGCAGCCCCCUGUGCAGUCAGCUAUCUGCUCUUUGACCACGACGACAAGGUCAUGCGGCAGAACCUGGUGUAUUACCAGUACCACAGGGACAAGUGGGGCCUCUUGGAUGAGCAUUUCCAGCCCAGACCCGAAGCCGUUCAGUUCUUUAACGUGACCACACUCCAGAAAGAGCUAUAUGACUUUGCUAAGGAAAAUAUCAUGGAUGAUGAUGAGGGAGAGGUUGUGGAGUACGUGGAUGACCUCUUGGAUCUGGAAGAGACUGGCUAGACCGCAGCCGCCAGAGACCCCCCUUGAUGUGCAGGAAGCACAAAUUCUUUCUUUGUGUUUCUUUACUCAGUAGCCCAAGUUGUGGACACCUCAAGGUCUUCUCUUUACUCUGUGGAGUAAAAGGGGAGCCUCCAUUUCUCACUACAUGUAAGGUGUGAGCCAGCCUUCCCCCUGACCACAUCUGCCUUCCCUGUGUUCACACCUGUCACCCCAUGUUCACACCCACCUCCCUAUCAUCUCACCUGCCUUCUCCAUGUUCAUGCUGCCUUUCUUACCAUUUUCGUUGGGAGGACAGUCUUCCAGAGUUUUUUUUGUUUCUUUUCAAGAAAACUAGUAUUAUUUUUUAAAUAAGAAAAAUACUCCUAAAAGGCGAUGAUUGUGAAAACCUACUUUGGCCUUUCUGUUCUUCCAGAUAUUAGUCUCCCUUGUCCCCAAGCCCUGAUCCAGGAAAGGUGGUGGAGGACAAAGGCUAACUUUAUCCACACCCCGUGAUGGACUACCCAUGGCCUGCCCUGCACCAUUCUGGCACCCAUGGAGAAAGAAGUUGGGUAGACAUUGCAGAAUACAGAAAUGUGGCUUUUUCUAGCACUUUUGCAGUUCCAAAGUCUUACAGCAGUGCUUGAUCCCAUUUGAGGACCGUACGCAGUUAUACAUCUUAGAGAUGGAAAUGGAAGAACUCAAGAGAGUCUAGUUUGGUUCAUUUUUUCAAUAAAUAUUUAAUGAGCACCUACUAUAUGCUAACCAUUGA